AUGCCUCUGUGUUGCCUGACCAUCGUGCUGGUUGUCUGGUCCGUCGUGACGCUGUUGGUCAUGGUGCUACUCCUACCCGUCGUGACCAGCCUCCAAUUGUUCGCCCUCAACGUCAUAUUGACAGGCGUUGCUUCUAGCCCUGGGAACCGUGAUACCCCUUCCUCGGCGGUCUACCGCACUGGAUCGUGGUCAAGCGCCACAAGCUCGUGCAUCCCGUACCAGGAUUAUUUUGCGUGCUAUGUGCCUUGCGCGCUAUCGCUUACUGUCGGCAACGGGUCAAAGCUCCCCGUAGUUGGAUAUGCCUUCAUUUCUAUGGAAACGCUAAUGUCUGUCACCGACGUCACGCUUCCCAUGGUUCGCGGGCCCACCGCCUCAAGUUUGGUUUCCAUUGCCCUCAAUUGA